GCAAAGGAAUAUUCCACUGGGAUGAUCUUCUUGAACGAUCCAAUGCUGCUUAAAUACAUCCUCACAAAUUCCUUCUUCUUCAAAAAUUCAAGAAUUCCAAUCUUAGCCUCUCUUUCUAAACACUCUGUUUACCGUCUCUCUUUAACAUGGCUCUUAAGGCCGUGCAUGUUUCUGACGUCCCAAAAUUUGAUCAUGUCCCGGAAAAUUCAUCUUUCUCCCUUUACUCCUCAAGAUUUUCCAAAGGAGCGGAUGUUGGGAGAGCUUCCUUUAAGCGACCAAAAUUUCUGGUGAUUGGGCACCGGGGAAAUGGGAUGAAUUUAUUACAGUCCACCGAUCGGAGAAUGAAGGCCGUUAAAGAGAAUACAAUUCUCUCUUUCAAUACCGCCGGAAGUUUCCCCGUUGAUUUCGUCGAGUUUGAUGUUCAGGUGACAAAAGAUGGCUGUCCGAUCAUUUUCCACGACAACUUCAUUUUAUCCGAAGAAAACGGUACAGUAUACGAAAAGCGAGUUACAGAAUUGAAUCUAUGGGAAUUCCUUACCUAUGGGGUCCAAGGAGAAUCGGGCAUGGUCGGGAAAACUUUGUUAAGGAAAACAAAGGAUGGGAAGAUUGUUGGGUGGAAUGUCGAAGACGAUGAUUCUUCUUGCACUCUACAAGAAGCCUUUCAUAAAGUUAAUCCUUCUCUCGGAUUCAACAUCGAAUUGAAGUUUGAUGAUCACAUUGUGUAUCAAGAAGAAUAUCUAGUCAGUGUACUCCAAGCGAUUUUGCAAGUUACAUAUGAAAAUGCGAAGGAAAGACCAGUUAUCUUUUCCACGUUUCAACCAGAUGCUGCUUUGCUUAUGAAAAAACUUCAGAACACAUACCCUGUAUUUUUCCUCACAAACGGAGGAAACGAGAUUUACUAUGAUGUAAGAAGGAAUUCAUUGGAGGAGGCCAUCAAACUAUGCUUAGAGGGUGGUUUGCAGGGAAUUGUUUCGGAAGUCCGAGGCAUAUUUACAAAUCCUGGGACUGUGACAAAGAUCAAAGAAUCAAAGCUCUCUCUCCUGACAUACGGAAAAUUAAACAAUGUGCCUGAAGCCGUGUAUAUGCAACAUUUAAUGGGCAUCGACGGAGUAAUUGUGGAUUUAGUUCGAGAAAUAACAGAGACUGUUUCCAAUAUGAUGAAGCCAUCUGAGGAAGCAGUAUCUGGAGAGGGACAAAUUCCAGGACAAGGAAAACCUCAAUUUUCACAAACGGAAUUGACGUUUCUGCUUAAACUGAUUCCAGAAUUGGUACAACAAUGAUUCUUUCUGAAUGUUUUCUUCAAACUUGAAGAGUAUAGGUGGUCUACAAUGUUUCUACUUCUGUACAGGAGUUGGUAAUCUACGACAGUAUGUGUACCAUUAACAGUUCACACGUAUUUGGUGUCUGGUCUGGACCUUUUUCAUCUCGUUGAUGGGCAAACUGAAGUCUGUAUCUAACAAAAUAUAUGACUUUGGAUCGCUGGAUGAAAAACCCAAAGAUAUGAAUGCUCACAUAUUAUUUCUCGUAACGUGUCUACCAAUCUUGGGCUGUGGUUUAAAAACUCAAAAAGUUGUUAGGAGUUGAAUUUUGUGAUGAACAAAAUGAAAAUCAAACUCGAUAUUUACUGCAAGAAAGAAAAAUUGGGGUUGGCACAAACCUAUGUUGCACACUGUAAAUCACAGGCCGUGACGUAAUUGAAGUAAGGAGUGAAGUCAAUAUGUAUAAGUUAGCAGUGGUGAUGGAACAAGUUCUGGUGGAGGAAAAAUCAAUAGUCCUUUUCUUUUUGGAGCACUAAGAAAUGGAAUUGUGGUCAAGGGAAAUGCUUGGAAAACAGGCGGUCUGUCAGGGAAACACCAAAAAUAGGGGGUCCUGCACACAAAAA